CAAAUUUGUCCUAACAUAAGAAUUAUCUAUUUCACCACCAUUGAAACUUGGCAGCAAAGAAAAACACAACCCUUAUAAAGAAAAUUUCCAAGUAUUAUACAGAGAGAUGAAGAUGGUUUGGUCUCCUGAAAAAGCCUCUAAAGCUUAUCUCGAUACUGUCAAAUCAGUAAGUCCAUCAUCAUUUCUAUUUUUGUUCGACAAAUAUAUAUGAAGCGAAGAAGAGCCUUGGCGCAACGGUAAAAGUUUAAGCCGAGGAAACAGCCUCUUACAUUUUGCCUCUUGCAGAAAUGCAAGUGCGAGUUACUUCAAGAAUCCAACGAAGCAGAAUUAAUCUCAGCAAUGGCAGCAGGAUGGGAUGCACAAAUGAUCGUAGAGACAUGGUCACGACGUGGAGACGAUAUUACAUCAACCAGUAUGGGCCUCUCUAUCGCCAGCAAACACACAGGCGGCAAACAUAUUUGCAUAGUCCCCGACGAAAAUUCAAAAACCGAUUACAUAUCAGCCAUGCAGAAAACCACCGGAAUGUCGCCGGAAGUUGUCGUCGGCGAGCCGGAGGAAGCAAUGGAGAGGUUAACGGGAAUUGAUUUUUUGGUUGUUGAAUGUGAAAAAAAUGAUUUCUCAAGAAUGUUGAAGGUGGCUGAAUUAAGUCAUAGGGGUGCAGUUUUGGUUUGUAAAAAUGUGAGUUCAAGAAUUGUUUCGGAUUUUAGAUGGAAAAGUGUACUAGACGGAAAAUCAAGAAUUGUACGGUCGGUUUUUUUGCCGGUCGGAAAAGGAUUGGAUAUUGCUCAUGUGGGGGCGGCCGGCUCCGGCACCGGCGAAGGGAAGCGUGGUACCGGAGAGAAAAUGGUGAAGAAAUGGAUUAGAAGGUUUGAUAGAGAAUCUGGUGAGGAGUUUGUGAUUCGAAAGUGAAAUUCCUUUAUUUUUGUUUCAGACAAAGAAGAGGAGUCUUGGAGCAGCAGUGCAAUUGUCUCCGGACCCGGGCUGCCUUUUUGUUUCUAACAAAAAUAAUUGUUCUUGUUUUUUCUUGUCUUUCUCUUUCAUUUCUUUUUAUUAUUAAUUUUACUUUUUGGGGCAUUUUUGGGUUAUGUACAUAGAUCAUAAUAGUUUGAGAUUGUGUGUGAACUUUAAGUAGCAUUUGUAACAAAGAGAAAGUAGAAGAUCAUUGAUGUGUUAUGAAAACUAAUUUUGUCUUUGCACAUGA